AAAUGGCUACGGAUAGCUUUGUAUGUACUCUUUGUGCUUUCUGACCAGGCAGUUGGUACAAUGUUGGGAAGGCUGUACUUUGACAAAGGAGGAAAGAGCCAAUGGAUGGCAACACUAAUGCAACCGGUAGGCUUCCCAGUUCUCAUUCUUUACUAUUGCUUCUCACCACUCAAAAAUUCAACCGCAACCAGUCCUAACACAAGAAAACCACCCACCAUGAUUCUUGUUUCAGUUUAUAUGUCCCUUGGCCUACUUGUAGCAGCAUACUGCUUUCUUUACUCGACCGGAUUGCGGUACCUUCCUGUGUCUACAUAUUCCCUCAUUUGUGCAUCCCAGUUAGCUUUCAACGCUUUAUUCUCCUAUUUCCUCAAUCCCCAAAAUUUCACUCCUUUCAUAGUCAAUUCUCUGAUCCUUCUCACCAUCUCCUCCAUCCUCCUUGCGUCUCACGAUGCCUCUUCAACUCCCCGGGGAGUCUCAAGAGGACAGUAUGUGAUCGGAUUCAUAUGCACUGUUGGUGCAUCUGCUGGGAACGGAUUCGUGCUCUCUUUAACUCAGCUCUGCUUUCGGAAGCUUAUAAAAAGGGAUACAUUUGCAGUAGUCAUGGAUAUGAUAAUCUACCAGUCACUAGUAGCAACAAGUGCAAUCCUGGUGGGACUUUUUGCUAGUGGAGAAUGGAAAGGUGUAAAGGGAGAAAUGGAAGAAUAUGAACUUGGAAAGAUAUCAUAUGUCAUGAAUUUAGUAUGGAUAUCUAUAUCAUGGCAGGGUUUUGCCGUUGGAGUCACAGGACUGAUUUUUGAGGUUUCUUCUCAUUUUGGCAAUGCCGUAAGUGCUCUCGGGUUGCCUGUGGUUCCAAUUCUAGCGGUUAUCUUCUUUGGUGACAGAAUGGAUUGUAUAAAGGUAGUCGCCAUGGUGUUGGCUAUUUGGGGCUUUCUUUCAUACGCCUACCAGCAUUACGUUGAUGACCAUGAGUCUAAUAACACGUUUGGUUUACGGAAUAAAUAAGAA